UAUGACUUACGUCAUCAAAUAAUAAAACCAGCUUUUUUAAAAUACGCAUUACAAUUUGUGGAAAAGGCAUGUAUAAAAUAAAUAGUAUCUCGCCAUUCCUGCGCUCCCCCAUGACGGAUAUAACCGGGGGGGUUACAUCUCAUCAGCUCCUGGGGCGGUGUGCCAAGCAAGAAAUGGAAAUGAUGGACUGCCUUGAAGCGUACGGGAUGGACCGGGGCGUCAAGAAGUGCUCAGAACUGAUUGACGAUUUUUCUGAAUGCCACAAUUUGAAUAAACAGUUCAAGAGGUUUGUGGCGAUACGCAGUGAACGUAACAGACAAAUCGCUGCUGGGAAGCUGACAGGCGAUAACAAGUAUGUAACGCCCAAAAUUGAUAGCUUCUGACGAUUUAGUCCAUAACAAACUUCUAAUAUAUGAUAAAA